AUGCCAGGUGAAGAGCAAGAGGAUAUUGUGAUGACUAGUACCCAGUCUAAUAUUUUAAAUGUUACUUGUCCAUUGACUGGAAAACCUCUCACUGAGCUUGCGGAGCCAGUUCGCAGGUUGUCCAAAGAUAAUCCAGGAAGAGAUAAGCUGGUGCAAGAUCCGUUGUUACUGAUUGAGAUUGAUGAAAUGCGCAAAAUGAAUAAAGAAACUGAUGUAGAAGAUUAUACAAUGCUGAAUGGAGAGUAG